AUGAGCGACAGGGAUGAUGAUAUGACGCCCCAGCGAAAACGCAUCGCGGUGGCAUGUGGGCGCUGUCGAAAGAGGAAGAUUCGCUGCAGCGGCGAUACAGGUAAUGGAGGGCCAUGCACCAACUGCAAAAAUGCUGGCUAUGAACCGUGCCAGUUUCUCAGGCUAUGGCUUACACUAUCGAUCAAGGUGGCGUCGCAGGAGACAUCCUUGAAUGGCGGCGACUCGAACUUCACGUACAGCCUCGAUGCAUCUCGACAGUAUCAGGCACGAGGAAGCUCUGCCAUAUCAUCUGUAUCUUCAACGGCCCCAUCCUACACAGAUGGACUACCCGCCUACAACGCUGAUGCCUUUGUCUACCGCAACCCUGCCAACUUUGGGUAUGGUACAAAGUCCUACUGUCCUGUUUCCUGGAAUGGAAUUCCGGACGAACAGAGCUACAGCACCUAUGGCUUGUACCCACAAGCUUACUCCCCAGUGCACGACUCAGCCUACGGUAUGAGCUAUAGGAUCGCCUCUGGAAACCCUGGCAAGUCGGCACUCUGCGUGGACACGGAGCCCAACUAUGCAUUUACCGGCGGGAACACCAUGACAAACCUGGUACACCGACCAGCUCAGGUAACGACCGACUCGACCAACGUUCCCUACCAGAAUCUGGUACCUGAUUCCAAGAACGUGGCCUUUCAGAACAUGGCAGCGGGCGUCAGCGUAGGCGAGAGGGUACUACCCACGCCAGUGGCUCGGUCUUCAAUGUCCAGCUCGAUAGGAUCGUCGUACAAGAACGAUUCGGACAGCUCUAUCUACAGCAGCAGCAGCAGCAAGUCAUCGCAGGACUCCACCUCGGAGACGUCGCCUGUGAGCUCUACUUCCGAGACCCUCUCAAGUUACACGAGUUACGAGCCCUCAAGCAUGGCCUCCACCUCGAGCUGCCUGCCCUCGUAUCCUCCCAUUACCCUCGCUUCCCAGUGCGGCCGCUCGAGCAACGAUCUCUACUCGCAUACAAGCUCUUCGGAUGCAGCUCUGUUUGCGCCGGCCGACUCGAUGCGUCAAGGCCCUCCUGACAUGACGUACCGCUACACGGACACGACGAGUGGAGUAACAGCUGCGGCGGUUGCUUCGGUCAGUGGUCGUCGUGAUCUGCCCCAUCUCAACGGCAGCGGCAUAGGUUCCUUUUCACUUGGCCACGCUGCGGCGUCUUACGUCCCUCACCAAGGUGCAGGCUACAUGCUGCCCACUGGUGGUGAGAUUGGAGCAGAUGCAGCGACAGAUCACUACCGCAAGAGUGCGGGGUCGCUUUGA